AUGGAAGAAGCGCUUUAUACCGCUCAGAAAGAAGGGGGAAAAGUUCUCAUCGGAGGACAAAGGGUUUUAGAAGAUCAAUUCCCAAACGCUUUUUAUAUCCACCCUGCUUUAAUACAAAUGAAUCAGCAAACACCUAUCGUUAUGCGUGAAACCUUUGUCCCAAUUUUAUAUUGUAUGCCCUACACGUCCUUAGAGGACGCUAUCGAAUUAAACAAUGCUGUUCCUCAGGGACUUUCAUCCUGUAUUUUUACACAAGAUUUAACACAAGCAGAAGCUUUCCUAUCGUCAAAGGGCAGUGAUUGCGGUCUUGCAAACGUGAAUAUCGGCACAAGUGGCGCAGAAAUUGGGGGCGCUUUCGGCGGAGAAAAAGAAACGGGUGGUGGUCGUGAAGCAGGCAGUGAUUCUUGGAAAGCCUAUAUGCGCCGAUCUACACAAACAAUCCACUUUGGAAAAGACCUCACAUUUUCUCAAGGCAUCCAAUUUGAUUUAGGAGAUUAA